AUGACGGUUGACGACGUAGCAAGGGGACACAAGCCGGAGCUUGUCGCAUGUUGUAUCGAAGGUCACAAGCUCCAGAAGCGACUUCUGUCCACGAAGAAAGCGCUCGAUCCGCUGCGCUAUCUCCCCGACAGCAACGGCUGCUACGUGCUGUUUACGAUCGCAGCGUACUUUAGCGAAGAUACAACGACCCGUCGGCAUCUCGUGCACCGGAGCUACAAACAGCUGUCGGCAAUGCACGCGCGGCUGGUCAAGACGUACCCGAAAUCGCACUUACCACGACCGUUCCCCGCCAUGCGCACGAAGAAACUCGUUCCCGAGUACAUUGACGAGAAAGGGACCGAGUUGACGUCGUACUUAACGCGGUUACUGCAGAUUCCAGAGGUCAAGACGUCGCAGGUGCUGCACGAGUUCUUGGAGACGAGCCAUGCCGUGGACGAUAGUAGUGACGAAGACGAAGAUGAAGAUGAUGGCGAGGUCAUGCCGUCCACGAGGCUCGAGAGAAGCCCGGGCACGGCCGUGACUGUCCGAGCUGGUCAGUCGUUUUCGGUGUCGCUGCCUCUUGAAGCUGCGGGUGACGUCGCGUCGUGGCAGUUUGCGACCAAGAAACACAACAUAGGGUUCAGUGCGACGUUUCAAGAACAAGUGAUUCGCGCGUAUUCGCGCGAAGGAGCCGACGUGAAGUUUGUAAAGGGCUCUUAUUGCUGCUCACGUCCUGGGACGUGCACACUCACGUGGGAUAACACGUAUACGUGGAGCAAAGCCAAAGUGUUGAUGUACUGGGCUGAGGUGGAGCCGCACCGGGAAACGGUAGAGACGAAACGGAGGCGGAAAGCUGUUGCGUUUGACGAUCAGGAGGGUGGGACGAGAAGUCGUGAUUAUAUGUUGAAGGAAAUUGCUGGCGACGGGUCGAGUUUUUGUGUCGGGGAUGGGGAGACUCGUCGUAUGGGCUUUAUUGAGCAUACACGGAGCAAUGCAAUGGAUCCGCGACGUCUGGUAAACUCUUCAAUUUCACUGCUUUCGAAGCCGUUCGUGCAUGGACAUGGGGGCAAGGAGGAGGGCGUUGUGCAUGGAAAAACUCGAAACUUGAUCCCUCGCAGGAUGUCGGUCCAUGCGGUGUCAAUCCCAAGUGGACAACAAGACUCUGGUCGCGGCAUCCUUCCAGUAAAGGCCGGGUUUCUCAUUAUCCAGCGCUGUGUGAACUUCCAUGGACGAAAUUGGUACAGGAAGUGGUUUGUGCUGGACCCACGAAAGUGCAUGCUGCGCUACUACGACUCGGAGGCUGCAGCUCAUCGCGGGCUGUCGUCAGCAAAGCUAAACUUGACUAGCAAGCACGCUUCUUUGGCCAUCACUAGCUGUCUAAAUUUGGAUGCGGCGCCCACGUCGUAUAUGUUUCUCAUUCGCACUAAGAAACAGUGCUGGAAGAUUUGCGCCUCGUCGCAAGUGGAGUACGGCGAGUGGGAAAGUGCCGUCUCUACUGCUAUUUUGGCUGCGCAGCUUUCUCGGCGUGGCAGCAAGAGCAAGAAAGCAAUGGUUAAGGCUGCAAAAUCGUCAGCAAUACGAAAGGACUUGCACUCCAGUAAAUUUGAAGACGAAUCGCCAAAGUCUGGUGAAACAACACAUGUGAAUGGAACAUCUGUAGAUACGCCUUCUUCAUCUAUGCAACCUGAUCAACCGCCGCCAAGCUCGAUUGAGACUUACGACGCUGACGGUGACUCCGACAACAGGGAAGGCAGCGACUCUGAUGAAGACGACGAUGAUGAGUCAGAGUUGGAGUCGGACUAUGGAGACGAGGUUUGUGAUGGUGGUUCUGUUGAAGAUGCUCAGCCUGUUCUUGAUACUAUUGUACCGGAGCACAGUUGUACUGGCACCAUUGAGAGUUUCCCAGACCUGCGUAGUCUUCCGUUGAAGUGGAAAUUGGGUCUUGCAGUUGUGUUGAACGUGGUACUUAUACUUGUGCGCUUGACGUCCGGUGUGAUCAUCGCACUCGGACUAUUUGUAAUGGACUGGCAUUUGCUGCUCAUGUACGUGAGAGGCAAGGAGCUGGAUGCGUUGUCAACGCAGAAGCCCAAGAAGGAGUGA